CCUCUAUGCCGGCUUAUGAACUCGAGACCCCUUUGAAUCAGACGGACAACACAGUGACAGUCAUGCUGAAGCCAGCACACAGCCGAGGCGCGCCUGUCAGCGUCUAUCAAGUAGUUGUUGAGGAAGAACGUCCUCGAAGAACUAAAAAGACAACAGAAAUCUUGAAGUGCUACCCUGUGCCAAUUCACUUCCAGAAUGCGUCAAUACUGAACUCACAGUACUACUUUGCUGCAGAAUUCCCAGCGAACAGUCUCCAAGCUGCUCAGCCUUUUACUAUUGGUGAUAAUAAGACAUACAAUGGAUACUGGAACACUCCCCUUCUCCCCCAUAAAAGCUACAGAAUUUAUUUCCAAGCUGCUAGUAGAGCCAAUGGGGAAACCAAAAUAGACUGUGUCCGAGUGGCCACAAAAGGGAGCAUAGUUGGAUAUGUCAUGGACGUCCAUCUGCAAUUUUAAACUUCUCAUUGAAUUUUUAUUUCAUGAAGAUAUAUGACCUUUUUACUCAGUUAGCUCGACAGAUAUUUCUUAGUUUCAUGGUAUGUGCCAAGCACUGUGUCAGGUACUCACGUCAUU